GAGGAGGAGGGGGCCGCGCCCUUGCCCUGUGGGGUUUGCCAUCGGACCUUCAUCAUUGGACUUCGUCAGGGAGGGAGCGAUCGGCUCUGAGGUAGGGUCAGAAGGGUAUAAAGGGGAGAGUCCAGGACACAGUGUCUCCAAGCACCUUUCAUAAAAGGCAAAACGUAUCCUUGCCGGGCAGUUUGGGAACGAGGAGAAACCCAACCAAACCUAACGGUAACCACUAGCGUUGUGGCUUCUUGGGACCCUCGGGGUGAGGAGCGGCGCCCGCCCGGUCCCGGCACCUGCUAGUCCAUGAGCCUCCCGGGACCUGAGCGCCAGCGCUCAGCGCCGCAGCCCAGCCUCCGAAACUCCGACGGAGAAGACGGCGAGAUCGACGUUCUGGGCGGGGAGGAAGAAGAUGAGCAGCCGGAGGAGGACGAUGAGUCGGAAAGGAGCCGGAAGAGCCCAGAGCAGCUGCGCCGGGGGUCCGCGGCGGCCCCUGGAGACGCCCGGCAGCCGCCGAAGCCCCCCUACUCGUACAUCGCGCUCAUCACCAUGGCCAUUCUGCAGAGCCCGCACAAGCGCCUCACACUCAGUGGCAUCUGCGCCUUCAUCAGCGGCCGCUUCCCCUACUACCGCCGCAAGUUCCCCGCCUGGCAGAACAGCAUCCGACACAACCUCUCGCUCAACGACUGCUUCGUCAAAAUCCCCCGCGAGCCGGGCCACCCGGGCAAGGGCAACUACUGGAGCCUGGACCCUGCCUCCCAGGACAUGUUCGACAACGGCAGCUUCCUCCGCUCCUCCUUCAGCAUCGAGAGUAUCAUGCAGGGCGCCAGCAUAGGGGCCGCGCAGAGCCUGCCUCAGACGCCGUGGGGCUACUGCCACCUGCCUCAGCGCCCGUCGUGUCUGCUGCAUCCCCAGGCCGCUACCCCCUUGCUGCACGUGUCCGCUGCCGCCUCCGCCCGGACGAUUUUGCAGCAGCAGCAGCAGCACUGUGCCAGUUGCUGCGAGCCCAGCAAAAGCACGCUGCUAGGCCGUCACUUGUCCGCGGUCGCGGCCCUGCUGAGGUGCCCGCCGGCGGCCGAGGGCUCUAGGCUGACAGCGUUGACCGCCCCUUCGGGCGGAGAGGCGACCUCGCCAGCACCCACACCCACACCUGCCUGCGACCAGACUCCGGCCGGCGCACCCGGAGCCAGGUGGAAGGGGACUUCCAGCCCCGCCCCGCCCACCCUCCAGGCCGCAGCACCCGAGUCCUGCGCAGCCAAGCUAUGUUCGAUACAACAGAGCUACAAAGAACAAGUUGUAUUCUGUUCUCGGAAAGAAAUCCAGACAGACUAA